UUCAAAAAUACUCCCCUGCCUAUUUAUGCGCGCUCUCUCUCUCUCUCUCUCUCUCUCUCUCUCUCUCUCUCCUAUAAUACAUUUAACCAAUUGCACCACCAACUAGGUUCCUCAGUUCCCCAGGUACACCAUCGCUUCUCCGUCCCUCUCUCCAUCCUGCCGCAGCCGAGGUCAAUCCCCACCUCUCCCUCCGCGCACCAGAAUCUCGACAUCUCAAUUGCAGAGAUGGAUAACGGAGGAGGAGUACGGAAGAGGUGGGCUUGCUCAUGCUCCAAAGGCGAUUUCCUCCCCGAGAAAUCGUUCGAGAGCUGGGGCAACUACGCGACGGCGCUGAGGGAGACUCCGGCGCGGUUCAUGGACCGAGUCACGACCCGGUCGCUGGACUCGUCCGAGUUGGAGAUGAAGGCCCGGAGUAACCACGAGAUGAAGAAGACGCUGAGUUGGUGGGACCUGAUGUGGUUCGGCAUGGGUGCGGUUAUUGGCGCCGGAAUCUUCGUUCUCACCGGACUCGAGGCCAAAGAGCACGCGGGCCCUGCCGUCGUCCUGUCCUACGUCGUAUCUGGAGUCUCCGCCAUGCUUUCCGUCUUUUGUUAUACUGAAUUCGCUGUUGAGAUUCCUGUUGCAGGUGGCUCGUUCGCGUACCUCAGAGUGGAGCUCGGCGAAUUCGUGGCAUUCAUAGCCGCCGGAAACAUUCUCCUCGAGUAUGUCAUCGGUGGUGCCGCUGUGGCACGGGCGUGGACCUCCUACUUCGCCACCCUCUGCAAUCACCAACCCGAAGACUUCCGUAUCACAGCCCACAGCCUCGCCAGCGGUUACAACAACCUCGACCCGAUUGCCGUUGGUGUUGUCAUCAUCAUCUGCAUUAUCGCCGUCGCCAGCACCAAAGGUUCCUCCCGCCUCAACUACGUGGCUUCGAUCGUCCACGUCAUUGUGAUCCUAUUCAUAAUCAUCGCGGGCCUCUUCAAGGCCGACACCAAGAACUACGAGGAUUUCGACCCGAACGGGCCUCGCGGGAUCUUCCAGGCGUCGGCUGUGUUGUUCUUCGCGUACGUGGGUUUCGACGCGGUGUCCACCAUGGCGGAGGAAACCAAAAACCCGGCAAGGGAUAUCCCGAUUGGGCUUAUUGGGUCCAUGGUAGUCACUACCGCUUUGUACUGUUUGAUGGCUGUCACUCUUUGCUUGAUGGUGCCGUACGGGAAAGUUGAUUCCAAUGCUCCCUUCUCGGUUGCGUUCCAAGAUGUUGGGUGGGGUUGGGCUAAGUACAUUGUUGCCGCCGGAGCACUCAAAGGUAUGACAUCAGUCCUCCUCGUGGGCGCAGUAGGCCAAGCCCGUUACCUAACCCACAUUGCCCGAACCCACAUGAUGCCCCCGUGGUUCGCUCAAGUCAACGCCAAAACCGGCACCCCCGUCCACGCCACCGUCACCAUGAUGGCUGCCACCGCCGUCAUCGGUUUCUUUACAGACCUCAGCAUCCUCUCCAACCUCCUCUCCAUCUCCACCCUUUUCAUCUUCAUGCUCGUCGCCCUUGCCCUCCUCGUCCGUCGCUACUACGUGUCCGGCGUCACCGCCGCCGCCGACCGCAACAAGCUCGUCGUCUUCCUCCUCCUCAUCCUCGGAUCCUCCAUCGCCACCGCGGCCUACUGGGGCCUCAGCACGACGGGCUGGGUGGGGUACUGCGUCACGGUUCCCAUCUGGCUCCUCGCCACGAUCGGGCUGUGGGCUACCGUGCCCCACGCGAGGGAGGCGAAGCUGUGGGGCGUCCCGUUGGUGCCGUGGCUACCGUCGGCGUCGAUCGCAAUUAAUAUAUUCCUGUUGGGAUCCAUCGAUAAGGAUUCGUUCAUAAGGUUCGGGGUUUGGACUGGGCUUUUAUUGGUGUACUAUGUCUUCUUCGGAUUGCAUGCUUCGUAUGAUACGGCCAAGGAAUAUGAGGGGGGAAUUAGGAAAGUGGAGGAGGGGGGUGAUGUGAAUGGGUACGGGUAUGGUGACACUACUCUUGCUAAGCAGCCCUACUAAUAAUGCUGCUUAUGCUUAAGUAAAUCAAGAAUAGGUUAGACGCACAGUUGGUUUUUGGUGAAUUUGUUUGUGUUCGAAAAAUGUUUGGUGUGUCUUUUCGUUUUCAGUGUUGCAUGCAAACUUUUUUUUUUUUAAUAAUGAAGAGUGGUCCCCGGGUCAGCUUACGCGCACCACGGUACUAAUCUCUCCAGUUUUCCACUAGCUUUUGCUAACCAAGAGCUUUUCGCAGUGCUGGAGAGUCGAAGGACCUCGGGGUAGUCUGCGUGGUUGUGUCUUAUUUUUGCGUUUGGACUUGGUGUUUUGACCGUCUCUCGUGCUUCAAAAGGUGUGGAUGUAGGAAGAAGUCUGGCGGAUGGCUAUAUAUAUAUGUGGUGGUGUAAAUAGUUCGAUUUUGUAAUGUAAUUCUAAACCCCUGCAAUUAUAUAUAUGGUGGUGGUGUAAACAGUUGAUGAAAUCAAUGUGCUUGUCGUC